CACAACUUGAGAGCAAACGAAAAAAUCAGGGUUAUCUCCAAUAUACGAAUAGACUCGAUCAAAGUAAUAAGACGCAAAAUUAGACACUCCUUAUCUAUUAGUUCCAGUAGGUUGAAUAAAGAAUUCAAACAAUCAAUCAAUGAUUCCUCGUUUUAAGAUAGAAAUAGGUUAUGACAGUUGCAAAAACCAUAAACCUAAAGAUCCAAUAGCCACCACUCUCCGUUGUACAACCAAAUUUCUAUCUCAAGAGGCAUAUAUUCAACCAAAAAUUCAAUUUCUAAUCUUUCUUCUACAACUUCAGUUAUUGAUGAAUGCCAUUCUAUUCGCCAUGAAUUGAUAUCGGAGUUGAAAUCUUCUACUCGCCCAGCUUAAAAUCCCCAACAAUAAAACCGUAGUGCCAAGAGAUACCUGAAGAUGGAUUUUCAAUAAUAGUCUUGUACUGGGACGUGAAAGGCGCAAACUAUUGCACGAUGGAUGAAAUUUCGGAGGAAGUUAGAAAGAGAAAAGAACAAAGAUAAAAAAACACAAAAUUUAAAUUGAAAAAUGCGAGGAUACAACAGUAGUUACAUAAUUAGUUUCUUCCAUGUUGGCCAAUUACCCAUUUACCUUUAGCAAAAAUUAAGGAGAGAGCGGGAAUUUAAAAUUGAGAAAAUUACAUGAAACUCUACUAUGAAAAUAGAAGUAUCAAGCUCGAUAAAAAUACAUACGGUAGACUUAGCGAGCUUGCUAAUUAUGAUGAAAAAGUCCUCUGAUUUUCAGAGAUUAACUUUGUCUAUUUUUUGUAUAUAAAGGAUGCAAUAAAUUUGUUUAGUGUAACUGGUUGUGCUUGUUAUCUUUGUUUGAAGAGACCCGGGUUCAAAUCUUGAUAUUGCUAUUUUUAUAUGAAAUAAAUAAUAAAUGUGUAAAGACAAAAAUGACCUUCCUACUUUCACUCUCGUUGCAGGAAAUUUGAACACUCUCGUUGCAGGAAAUUUGAAAUGGAGAAAAGUACACAAAACUCUACCAUAUAUUAAUGGAGGAUGUAGAUUUACCAACAACAUUAUAUAUAAUAACCUCUCGUUAGCCUAUUUUUAUCGGUAAAUCUAGAUGUGCAAUGGAUUGUAUUAACACGAUUUUUAGUCGAGUGAAAGGUAUGCACCUGAAUACGUUGGACUGUGUCCCCAACGAAACUUUUAUGCUUCCAGCUUCCCUGAUGUAUGUUGCUGGCUCGGUUCUUAAACAAAGAAUACCUCCCUUCCCCGCCGGCUGCCACAAGUUUGCGGGCAAAAAGAAAUUCCGCUGCCGGGACUCGAACCCGGAGUUCCCGGAUGAGGAACGUUUGGUUUCUCAUUGAUUUUUACCAGCUACAGCGGAUUGUUGAUACAUUUUUGUAAUCAAGUAAUUAUAUUAUGAAAAAUCGUUAGCAUUUAUGUAUUAUUUUAUUUACACCGUACUUUCAUUUCGUUCCGCCAUAUUUACCGGCGGAUUAGAUCAAGUAAGCAAUUGUGAGCUUUCUCUAUCAUAAUUUGAGGUAAAAAAAAACACUUGGAAGAGAUUUGAGUAAAUGGACAUUAGAUUGGGAAAAUAUUAUGGACAAAAGUUGAAACAAAUCUUAUGAAAUGGGACUGUGGGAGAGUGUGGUAAUUGGAGGUUCUUCAGAGUUUAGAAAUUUAGGAGAAUGAUAUAUGAGUGAAGAAAAGCAAACAAAUAAAGAUUGCCAAUGGAUUCUAGUGGUGGGUAACGGUUGGGUUCGGUGGGUUUUGGUUUCAAAUUGAUCCAUACGCUUAUCUCAACUUUAUUUAAUUUUGACGUGUUAGUCAUCCACAUUUUUCUUCGAUUUGGAUGGAUGACGGAUGCGUGCGGUUGGUUUGUGGGUUAACUCGCAAAACAAUUCUCCAACUACGUACGGACUACCCAUUAAUUAAUUCAACAAAUCUGGUAAUUAAUUACUUAAUAAUCUCAAGUCAUUAAGAAAGUUUACAAAUUUGUUGAAUCAAUUUGUGGUUCCCUAGCUAGUGUUACCAAUCAGUUUUCCUACUAUCGAACCACAACCAAUUACCCUUGUGAAUUGAUUUCACCUUUUAAUUUCUCAAGAUUACUAUAGUUAGCGAGAAGUUUUGGGAAAUAAAAAAUGCAAAAGAAAUUACCCUGCCGAGACUCGAACCCGGAGCUCCCUUUUGAGGAAGGAUUAACAUCUCAAUUUAUAAGCUACAGCGGAUUGUUGUUACGAAUCGAUUGCGCAGUCAAGUACUUUUAUAUUAUUGUUUAAUCUCGCUUCUAUAAGCUACAGUAACACACUCUGCUCAUAUAAUGAGUUCACAAAAACAUAUUACAACUAUGUACCAGCUUCUAUUACUAUAUGUAUGUAGUAGUACUAUGAGAAAGGAGGAAAUAGAGAGGUUCUCAAAACAAGCAAUUGACACAUCUCGUCAAGUCUCGUAUUUUUUUUCCUAUAGUAAUAGUUGCAGAGCUCUCCUUUUUGUUAGAGCUUGUUACUGUGCAACCCACGUGGGUUGUCACGUGAGCUCUUUUAAGUCUGAACUGUGUCGUAUUUGUUGAUAGAGUUUGCUGUCCAGUAGAAGUACUUCUGGGCUGCUGAUUAGUCGUUGCUGCAUUAUAGGACUAGUGGGUUAGUGAGUUAGAUUAGUGGCCGGAUUUGGUGCAAGUUGUUGGGUCAUUGAUUGUACUUAAGACCUGUUUUCAUUCCAAUAAAAAAGGAUGAAGUUUGAUCGACAUUUUCAGUUUACAUUGUGGUAUCAGAGCCUCGGCAAAACCUAAAGAGAUUUCUGUCUUCGGUGGCGGUGGUCGCCUGUGGCCACCGCCCGCCUAUGUGUGUGAGAAGGAAAAGAGAGAAAUAAGUGAUGCUAGCGGUGGCAAUACGUAUCGGCUCGCAGCUCGUUGCUGAAGCAGAGAGCGAGACAAUAAAGUACAAGGCCAGGUAGACCUGUACGAGGAUGAAAGAUUGAGUUUCAGAGAAAGUGAGUUUGAACGAGAAUGAGGUAGAGAAAUGGAGAGAAGCUCAUUGAGAAGAUGGAGAAAAUCGAUCGGUCAUGAGCGUUGCCCUUGAUGACGACUCUGCCUACGAAUUCACGAUUCUGCAGUCAAAGCCCGGACAUGGAGGAAUCAAAUUCUUGAUUGGGCGGAGAUUCUGAUGGGAUGAUUAUUACGACGAAGGGAGUGCUUCCGCCAGUGGCUAAAAGAAGAAGACGAAGAUGAGAACUGACGUGACGUGAGCGAUCAAGAACCACAAUCGCAGUCGGAGUCUGAGUCCCAUUCGUUGCCAUCGUCUAUGUCGGAGGAUGGAGAUUUUUGGGGAGCCAGUGGAGCCUAAGUUCGAUCUUAUGAGAUGGAUGUUGCAGUGACACUACGGAUAAGAACAUUGAGGUUGUGACCGCCAGUAUUUCUGAAGACACCCGUGACAAAGGGAGGUAAAGGGAAAGGAGCAAGGUGGAGAUUGAAGCCUGAUUUGUUUGCUUGGAGGGCUUUUUAACAAAGGAUUGAAGCCUGAUUUGGGUGGAGAUUGAGUUGGGAGAAGAUGGUUUCAAGCUCACCGAAGCUUUGGUCUAACAAGGGAAGCUGCUAGUCCACAUAGCAGAGACUGUUAUUGAUUUGAGCUCGAUGGCGAUCAAACCACCCAUGUGGAAGCUAUACUCUGCGGUCUUAGUCGGGCGAGGUGCAAAAGGCUCACUUUGAAGGAAGAAGGUUUGGGAGGAGAGAAUUGGAAGGGCUAAUUGAUGGCAUGAACUGAUGAAUGAUUGGAGGAAGAUGGAUUUGGUGAAGUCAGAAUAGCAGCAUCUGACAAGUCUGUGAGGUAACUUUUGUUCUCCGAAUGUUUCUGUUUCUCAAAGAGCAUGACUAGGGAAAUGGAAAUGAAGAUGGUGGAGUUGCAGAACUAUAAGAUUUAGCUGAUGCAGUGAACUGAAGUUUGUUUCAGUAGGCUUUAGUUCAGGGGAGGAAAUUGCUCUUUUUGUGCAUGGUCAGCAACUCAAGAGCAGUUAUCCUGGAUAUGAUAGCUUUGUGAUUAUAGGAGGGAGAGCUAAACUAAGCCAUGGAUGGAAAGCAGUGGCGUGUUGAAUUCGACAGCAGAUCAACGAAGGAAGCAAUGAGAUAAUGGGCAGCAGCUUGUGGUUGCAGGAUGGGUAGUGUAUAUUCUUUUAUGCUGCUAUGAAAGUUGUGAGUGAGAUUGUAGCAUUGUUUCAAUUGGAGGCUUUCAAAGAAGUAUAUGAUGAGUAAUGAUGAUUGGAUUAAGUGAAUCCAUGGUUGUGCAGGCUGCUCGGGGAAUUGUUUAAGGAAAUGUCAGCUAGACAUACCUACAAGUGCAGUAGGUGGUAUAAUCUGUAAGUGAAGCAGGUUGGGUGUAAGUGUCAGCUAGACGUACCUACGAGUGAAGUAGGUGGUGUAACCUGUGAGUGAAGCAGGUUUGGUUUCAAUGUCAUUCGACGAUUAGGCAGCAGAGUGGCUGGUCCUUAUUUGGUGGGCGAAUGACUGGUUUAAAAGUACUCGGUUGCUAUGUCAUGCAACAAGUAACAAUUUGAGAGCGUGCAAAUUACUCUUUGAGUUGCAGUUCUCGCUUGUUGGCAGAUGACAGAGAAGGAGAGAUUUGAAAGGACAGGUCUAGAGAGUACUGUGAAGAAACCGAAAAUGAAAACAGUUGAGCAUGCCUUGCCAGGAAGAAGAUAGAAGAAAGUGAAGUUGAACUGAAGCCAAUCUCGUUGGAGGCUAGCAUAAAAUGAUUGAGUUGAUUGAAGGACUGCCACAAACUCUCAAGUUGCUGAAAGUUAUGCGGUUGCAAUUGAUUGAAGGUGUGAAGUUGUUGUUUAUGUGUGUCGAAUGGUGAUGCUGCAGAAAGUUAAAGCUCAUGAAAGUGGUAGAGAUGAGUUCUUUUUUUAAAAAGCAAGUUGGUUGGAAUGAAAUGGGCUUGAAGGUGACAACAGUUCAAGCAUCAAGAUGUUCACAGCUCUAGUUUGUUAUCAAUGAAGAGUUUAUGGUGUUGGAGUGUCCUGAGAUAGAAGAUCAAUUGAGUAAAGCUAUGAAGACGAUGAUGUUUGUUUAAAUGAGUGGAAUACAUGGAGUGUGUGAAGUUUCAAAAGUUGUUGCUGCAAGCAUUUGAGUUUGCUGUGGAUUGCAGAGCUGUUGCUGCUUUGGAGUAAACUCAGUUUAGGAGGGGCUUAGUGUUAGAAUAUUAUCAGUUGGCUGGAAAGGGGUCCUCACUGCUCAACCAGACCUUGUUGCUGCUAUUUUAGAGUGAAGUUGCUGCUGUAUUUAAGUAAACCGGGGAAAGUUGCUACUGGUUUCAUGUCUACAUGGGUGAGGCUAUGUUUCCACAGGGUGCUGAUGCAUACAUCGAGGGUCUAGUUCCAGUUAUACCGAUAGCAGAUGGCUUGGUUAAGAAGUGGUGAAGCUCAACUAUUGUGGCGGUAAAGACGAAGUUGCAGACAUUGUGACAAAAGCAGUGAAGUUGGAGAUAUUUGAGAAGCUUAUUUGGUGGAACCAAGUCUGAAGUGUGAAGAUGCUACUGUUGAAUUAUGCUGCUAUUUGCUGGUGUGAUUUUUUUCAGAACAUGGUUGCCCGCUGAGUUUAUGUUUGUUAUGGAAGUUCCUUUUUAAACUGAAACGUUUGAAACGUUUUCAGUUUAGGGGAGGAUUUGUUAGAGCUUGUUACUGUGCAACCCACGUGGUUUGUCACGUGAGCUCUUUUAAGUCUGGACUGUGUCGUAUUUGUUGAUAGAGUUUGCUGUCCAGUAGAAGUACUUCUGGGCUGCUGAUUAGUCGUUGCUGCAUUAUAGGACUAGUGGGUUAGUGAGUUAGAUUAGUGGCCGGAUUUGGUGCAAGUUGUUGGGUCAUUGAUUGUACUUAAGACCUGUUUUCAUUCCAAUAAAAAAGGAUGAAGUUUGAUCGACAUUUUCAGUUUACACUUUUGUGAUUGAUUUUCCAUAGAAAUAGAGUAGCUUAGUUGUGGAGCUCUCAACAAAAUUUUAUAUAACUACGUAUAAUUUGGUUCAGAUCUCAUCUUAUCAAACACUCUUGUUCAAAUUGUAUGAACCAUGAUUUGUAAUAAAAUUGAGCAUAGAUU